AUGGGUCAAGCUUUGGGAUGCUACCAUGUAUACAAGGGUGAUGUUGCUAUAAAAGAACGAUUUGGGAGAUUUAUUGAAGUUUUAGAACCUGGAUACCAUUGGACACCUUGGUUUAUUGGCUAUCAGAUACCUGGUGUAUUAUCGAUGAGUGUGCAGCAACACGAUUUUAAAUGCGAGACAAAAACAAAGGAUAAUGUCUUUGUCAACGUGAUUGCAUCUGUACAAUACCGCGUUGUGGCUGAUAAAGCGUCUGAUGCCUUUUAUAAGCUCACCGACAUAAGGGAACAUAUCCAAUCAUAUGUUUUUUAUGUUAUAAGAGCCAGUGUGUCGAAGUUAGAGCUGGAUGUCGUCUUUGAGCAGAAGAAUGAUAUAGCAAAGACUGUCCAAGAUGAGCUUGAGAAGGCGAUGUCGACCUACGGUUACGAGAUAGUCCAGACUUUCAUUAUUGAUAUCGAGCCUGAUGCUAUUGUCAAGAGAGCAAUGAAUGAGAUCGAUGCAUCUGCGAGAAUGAGGUUGACUGCAAACAAGAAAGCAGAAUCAGAAAAGAUAUUGCAGAUAAAGAAAGCUGAAGGUGAAGCUGAGUCCAUGUAUAUAUCACUAUCAGGACUCGGUAUAGCUUGUCAACGUCAAACUAUCAUGGACGAACUAAGCGACAGUGUUCUUGCAUUCUCUGAAAAUGUACCUGAAACUUCUGCUAAAGAUGUCGUGGACAUGGUGUUGCUAACCCAAUACUUCGACACCAUGAAGAAAAUUGGAGCAUCCUCAAAAUCUUCAUCCGUGUUCAUACCACAUGGUCCUGGUGCUGUUAGAGACAUUGUUGUGCAGAUUAGGGAUGGACUCCUUCAGCAAAAUGCUGCAAAUUAAUUUAUAAGUACUUUUGGAAAUAUUGUAAAUGUUUUUAUGAGACUUCAUGAUGUAAAUAAUUCUAUCACAAU